GCAGCCACCAAGGCCAUGAUGAGGGUGAACGGGGACGACGACAGCGUGGCCGCCCUCAGCCUCCUCUACGACUACUACAUGGUCCCGAAGGAGAAGAGGAUUCUCCCAGCUGGGAUGAUGGGACGCAAUGACCUGGCAAAGAGGCACUGCCACGGGAUGGAUUAUGAGCCUGAGAUCCCCUCCUUCGAUGGCUCAGCCCAUCUCAUGAAGCUCCUGUCAGAAAACGUCUCCAUGGCCCAGGAGUUCUGCGAGCCCCCCAAGAAGAACGGCCUGAGUCUCGAAGGUGUCCCUGCUCCUCACAAGGCAGCCCUGCUCCCUCCAGGCACCAGCAAGCUGGAAGCCACCCCAGAAAACUUCCUGGUGGCCCCGGGGGACGUGUACGACAGCAGCUCCCUGAACUCGCUGUUCGAGAGCCUGCCCAUGGCCCCCGCGCAGCAGCGCUGGCAGCCCGACAGCACCUUCAAGGAGGACCCCCAGGAGUCGCUGCUCUUCAGUGACAUCCUCAAACCCCAGCCAGAGCCAGCCUGCCCCGAGAGCUUCCCCACGGACGGAGUGAAGAGUGACUUUGAAUACACUCUGGGGUCACCCAAAGCCAUUCACAUCAAAUCUGGGGACUCUCCCAUGGCCUACCUCAACAAAGGACAGUUCUACCCCAUCACACUGCGGACAGCUGGAGACAGCAAAUGUUUGCACUUGUCCUCAAAUAAAGUGAAGAGCGUGGUGAUGAUCGUGUUUGACAAUGAGAAGAUCCCCACGGAGCAGCUGAAGUUCUGGAAGCACUGGCACUCCCGGCAGCCCACGGCCAAGCAGAGGGUCAUCGACGUGGCUGACUGCAAGGAGAACUUCAACACGGUGCAGAACAUCGAGGAGCUGGCCUACAACGCCCUGUCCUUCGUGUGGAACAUCCACGAGGAAGCCAAGGUGUUUAUUGGGGUGAACUGCCUGAGCACGGACUUCUCCUCGCAGAAGGGGGUGAAGGGUGUCCCCCUGAACCUGCAGAUCGACACCUACGACUGUGGCAGUGGCAGCAGCCAGCUGGUGCACAGGGCUGUCUGCCAGAUCAAGAUCUUCUGUGACAAGGGAGCAGAGAGGAAAAUGAGGGAUGAUGAAAGGAAACAGUUCCGAAGGAAAGGAAAAUGCCUGGACUCCAACAACAAUGGUCUGAAAGGCUGUUUGCUCUCUGGCUUCAGAGGGAAUGAGAUCACGUUCCUGCGGCCCGAGAGCGACCUGGAGACGCAGCCGGUGCUGUUCAUCCCCAACGUGCACUUCUCCACCCCGCAGAGGUGUGGCUCGGUGCUCCCUCCUGCUGUUCCCAACUCUGCAAACAGGCUGCCCCUGAAGCGCAGCGGUGCCUCCUUCACCGACGACUUCGAGCCGAUCCCUCCGAAGCACAGCAAGGAUGAAGAUCCCCAGAGAGUGCUGCUCUACGUGCGCAGGGAGGCCGAGGAGGUGUUUGAUGCUCUCAUGUUGAAGACCCCGGAUCUGCAGGGCCUCAGGACAGCUAUUUCAGAAAAAUAUGGGCUUCCUGAAGAAAGCAUUUAUAAAGUCUACAAAAAGUGCAAAAGAGGGAUCCUGGUGAACAUGGACAACAACAUCAUCCAGCACUACAGCAACCACAUGGCCUUUCUGCUGGACAUGGUAGAGGCAGAGAACAAGUUCCAGAUCAUCCUCAAGGAGCUCUAA